CCAAUCAGUGAACUCCUUCUAAGCACACACUAGCGAAUCAGAGAUCAGAAGGCGGGACUUGCCGGAAUGUGGCUGGGGAGAAAAAAAAGAACCAGUAGCAGCAAAUCAGCACAUGGCGCCUCCUGUUCGGUUGAUUUGAACAUUUCACAGGAGAAAAGAAAAACUCGGUAAGUUCCCAAAUGGCUGGACUCGAGCUGCUGUCCGAUCAGGGCUACCGGCUGGACGGACGGAAGGCCACCGAGCUGCGGAAGGUGCAGGCCCGCAUGGGGGUGUUCGGGCAGGCGGACGGAUCUGCGUACAUGGAGCAGGGGAACACGAAGGCGCUGGCGGUGGUGUACGGACCGCAUGAGGUUCGAGGGUCCAGAAGUAAAUCCCUACACGACCGUGCGGUCAUUAACUGUCAAUACAGCAUGGCCACGUUCAGCACGGCGGAGAGAAAAAGACGACCGCAUGGCGAUCGCAAGUCCAGUGAGAUGAGUCUUCACCUGAAACAGACCUUCGAAGCCGCCGUCCUCACCCAGCUCUACCCACGCUCCCAGAUAGACAUCUAUGUUAAGAUCCUCCAGUCAGAUGGUGGAAACUACAGUGCGUGUGUUAAUGCGGCUACUCUGGCCCUGGUGGAUGCUGGCAUCCCCAUGCGUGAUUACGUGUGUGCCUGCACGGCCGGCUUUGUGGAGGACACGCCACUGGCUGACCUCUGCCACGCCGAGGAGAGUGGCGGUGGCACCACAUUGUCCCUGGCACUUCUGCCUCGCAGUGAGAACAUCGCACUGGUGCAGAUGGAUGCGCGUCUCCACCAGGACCACCUGCCAGCGCUGAUGGAGGCAGCGACGGUGGCCUGUAAGGGGCUCAGCAAAGUGUUGGACAGUGUUGUGCGCCAGCACCUGCAGGAGGUUUCUGUGCAGACGCGAGAAUGAAGAGUCCUGCUGCAGUUUGGUCUGUAGAACGUAAUAAACUGUUUUUCUUUCUGAAUGCAUUCGGUCUGAAAAUACUGACUGACCAGGAGACCUUGAUGUCUAAAACACAGGUGCUUUGUGUUUGAAGAGACAUUACAUUGGUGCAGGAUGUUUAAGAUUAUACGGUGCAGCUCUUUAAUAAUAUUUUUGUAUCGUAAGCUUUGUAUUUCAUGAACAGCUCAUGGUCAUUGGGUAAGUAAAGAAAUAAAGGAAGAAUUAACACUUGAGGCACAGUGCAAUGUGUGUUAACUACAUACUGGGGGGGA